AUGCUAGAAGCUACGAUAUGAAGCACAGAUGGAAUAGAUAUAGCCAAUGAUACGGCAACUAUAAUUAGCUCAAGCUAUAUUGGAAAUUGGUUCUUUUUUGCUGUGACUGUUAACUCUGGAUCAAAGCUACUGACCCUUUAUUCCCAAAAUGGGGCAAACCCUCCAUCUACUAGUGACCCUCUGAUUUCAUCUUCAAUUACUUAUACUUAUGUAGCAAAAGCAUAUUCGUAUGAAAAAUCUACUUUAAUUGGAGGAAAAGGGAUUGAAAUUUAUAAAGGAAAUUAUGCGGAUUUUAGGAUUUACCCUGGGAGCAGUAUAGCCCCUGAAAUAUUUUAGAUCAUUAUUGGCCAUCCAUUUUAAUUUUCAAAAUUCAUUUGUACUUGUCAGCUUUUUUGAAAAGUAAAAACGAAAAUGGCAGAUCUCCGUUAUAUGUUUUAAGGUGCCUAAUCAGACUUAUACUGAAUGAGGAAGGUGCCUGCACCAUAUUUUUUUAUUCGGUAUUCUGCUGGGGUAUAGGGAUUUAUUAAGGUGCAUGAGCUAUAUUGAUACCAUUUUGACGCAAUAUAAUUGCAAUUUAUACAGUGCAGCUACUUAUCUUGACCCUCACUGCACAUCUUGAUCCUCAAUUUGGUAUUGCAGCACCUGCGAAACUGGCUAUUUUAUUAAAAAUGGACUUUGUCAAAGUAAUUUAUAA